AUGACAACGCUGUUUAUUCCGCAAUUAAAAGAAUCAACAUCAUCAAAAACUACAAUAGCAGAAACAGCAACAGACUCUUCUAAACUUUCACUUUCAUAUUUAAAAACAUUAACAAAUAUUGAAGAUAUCCAAGAAUGCUUAAGAAUAUUGGAUUCUGAAGAAAAUCAAGUUGAUUUAAAUUUAGAUGAAUUAUUGGAAAAAAGGUUGCAAUUAGAAUCGGAAUUAGAUAAUUUAGAAGUUUUAAGACCGCAAUUAGGAUUACUUAAUUCUCAAGCUACUAAUUUGAUAAACAUAAUAAAAGAAACAUCCAAUGUAGCAGAAAGAAUAAGUGCACAAGUUCGACAAUUAGAUUUAGAGCAAUCAAGGGUACAAGAAGCAAUAAAUGAAGUUGAGAUCGUACAAGAAUUAAAACAUUGUAUAACAGGAAUGCAUCAAUCAAUGUAUAGAAAAGAUUAUGAAACAGCAGCAUCUUAUGUCAAUAAGGCUUUUUCAAUAGACAAAAAAAUAUUAAAUGGGAAAUUUGCAGAAAUGGCUGCGCCGUCAUCAGAAUAUCCAGAAAUACCAACUAAAACUUUAACAGAUAUUAGAGAGGCUUUAUUUACUAUCUUUUCAAGAGAAUUUGAUUUAGCCAUACAAUCAAAGGAUGAAAAAAGUAUUAGUAGGUUCUUUAGAUUAUUUCCUUUAAUUGGUAAAGAAACUGAAGGUUUGGAUAAAUAUUCAAAAUUUGUUUGUGGAAUCAUUGCUGAUAAAAUCACAGGACCAAACUUCUAUGGGCAUGCUCUAAAUAAAUUAUUUGAAAAUAUUGCAAUGAUUAUUGAUCAUCAUCAACCUGUUGUAGAAAAUCAUUAUGGAUCUGGUAAAAUGAUAAGAGUUAUUGAAAGACUUCAAGAAGAAUGUGACAAACAAAGUAUAAUUAUUAUAAACAGUUUUAGUGAUGAAAGAAAUCUCGAAAGAAAGGUAGUAGAUGUUCGAACUUAUAAUAGUAGUGCAUCUAAAAAAUCUAUUACUAAUUCACAACAUUCAGGCAAAUCAUCAAAAAACAAUGAAACUAAUCCUGACCCAAGAGAAUUAGAUUUAAUAUUAUCAGAAUUAGCAAUGAUUAGUGCAAGGUCAUGUUUAUAUCUUAGGUUUAUGGAAUCUAGAGCACAGUAUCAAAUUGUCAAUAACAUUGUUUCUACAGAUAUAAUAAAAUCCAGCAGUCUGGCUAAACAAUUGAAAUCAUUAAUGAAUGAUUUUGUUAUAAUGGAAGAAUAUUUUUUUAGAAAAGCAAUUGAAAAAGCAAUGUCUAUUGAUAAUUACGAAGAAGUAAAUAAAACAUCAAGUUGUGUUGGAGAUGUUUUCUAUAUAUUAAAAGAAUGUUUAAACAGAGCAAUUUCAACAUCUGAUGUUGACUGUUUAACAACAAUUGUUAAUCAAAUUAUACAAAGUUUAGAAAAUGAUUAUAUUACUUUAAUUCAAAGAAGGCUUUUUACUUCAUUUGCUGCAACUGAAUCAAAGGAUGCAAAAAUGGGAUACAUGAUUUUAUUAAAUAAUUUAGAUGUUAGUUGUGAUUAUAUGCAAAGAUUAACAUCUGAAUUAACUUCAUUACCAUCAAUUGUUGAAGAAGAUUAUGAAAAAAUUCAAAAAAGUUUUAAUUGGUUGAAACAACUUUUUACUCAAAUGAUUAAACAAAAACUACGUCCAAUAUUACAAGAAGCAUAUAAAGACAUCAAAUAUGUAUUGAAUGAAGAUGAAUAUCAUGAACAAGAAGCAAAUGAUGGCUUUGCUAAAAGAUUUGUUAUUGGAUUUGAUAAUUUGAUAAAAGUUUAUCAGACAACAUUUACAGAAAAUAAUUACAAUCAAAUCAUGAUUCAUAUCAUUGAAUCUUUGACAAACAUGUGGGAAAAAACUGUGUUUGGGACUAGAUUUAAUCAGUUUGGGGCUUUAAGAUUUGAUAAAGAUUUAAGAUCAGUUACAAAUUAUUUUUUGUCAAAAAUGCAAUGGCCAUUCAGAGACAGAUUCACUAGACUAAAUCAAAUAUCAAUUUUAUUAAAUCUGGAAACUAUUGAUGAAAUUCAUGAAUAUUGGGGUGGUUCAUCAAAAUCAUCAUCAGAUUUUAUAACUUGGAGGUUAACUGUCAUGGAGGUUAAAAGGAUUGUUGGUUUAAGAGCAAAAAAUUUAUUCUUAAUGGAUGUUAAUCCGUCACAAAAUAGCUCUCAAUAUCAAGGUGAUUAUUGGAGCCAGAAUAACGAAUUUUCUUACCCCAACAUUAAUAAUGACAUUAAUAAUGAAUCAAGCAUUAAAGUUGAACCAAUAAACCGUGCUUCAGAUUUAGCAAAUAAUUUUUUAUCUACUCUCACUCUUCCUACUGAUUUAUAUACGAAAACUGAAGAAAAUGCUGAUCAAAUGGUUUUUCAUACAAAUGAAGACCAAAUUUUUCAUCAUCGUGAUCGUACUCAUGAAAGAAGUGAACAACAUCGAUCCAAAGAAAAUGAUGAUUGGGACUUUCUAACUCCUAUUAAUAGAAGAAGAAGGAAGUUAAACAAUUGGGAUGUGGCACCACCAGGAUAUGAAGGAAUGACAGCAGAGCAGGUUAAAGCCACAGGAUUUUUUCCACUUCCUGGACAACCUGCCACUACAAGACCAUCAGCAGUCCCAAAUUCUCCAAUAAUAUCUGGAAUGGAUCCAUCAAGGGCAGCAAUGAUAUUGGGUAUGACACAUGAGCUUCCACCACAGUCUAAAGUUAGUCAAGGAGCAGCAGGUCCAGUUGCACAGACUGCAUCAUUAGCAAGACAGGCUAGACGACUUUAUGUUGGUAAUAUUCCAUAUGGUAUUGAUGAGAAUGGCUUAUCAGAAUUUUUCAACACUACAAUGCUUCAAUUGAAUAUUACUACUGCAUCUAGCAAUCCAGUUACAGCUGUUCAAAUCAAUCAUGAUAAAAACUAUGCAUUUGUUGAAUUUCAUGCACCUGAAGAAGCUACAGCUGCAAUGGCAUUUGAUGGAAUUACAUUUCAAGGUCAAUCAUUAAAGAUUCGUCGGCCAAAAGAUUAUCAACCUCCACCUGGGCAAAAUCUAGAGCCACCACCAAUACAUGUGCCAGGAGUUGUAUCUACAAAUGUACCAGAUAGCCCGAAUAAAAUCUUUAUUGGUGGUCUACCAACCUAUUUAAAUGAUGAACAAGUUAUGGAACUUUUAAAAUCUUUUGGAGAAUUGAGAGCUUUCAAUUUAGUUAAAGAUACUUUAUCAUGUGUCUCUAAGGGAUUUGCAUUUUGUGAAUAUGUUGAUCCAAGUGUGACAGAUUUAGCUUGUCAAGGUUUAAAUAAUAUGGAGCUUAGUGAUCGUAAAUUAGUAGUUCAGAGAGCUAGUAUUGGAUCAGCUAAGAACUUGGGUGUUGCAAUGGUUCUACCAUCUUCAGUUCUUAUUCCAGCUGGAAAUGGAGAAAUGCAGCCAACUACUGUUCUUCAACUUCUUAAUAUGGUUACUCCUGAGGAAUUAGUAGAUGAUGAAGAAUAUGAAGAUAUAGUUGAGGAUGUUAGAGAAGAAUGUUCUAAGUUUGGUUCUAUCAUUGAUAUGAAAAUUCCUAGGCCAGGCCAAUCAACUACUGAGGCAGCUGGUAUAGCACUUCGAGCACUUGCAGGAAGAAAGUUUGCUGAACGUACAGUUCUUACAUCAUAUUUUAAGUAUAUUACUCAAUCAAGAUUGUUGGAUAGAGCAGGAGCAACAGCAAUUGGUACGGCAGCAGCAAAGGCCAAUGUUUUAACAGAUUACGAGGAUCAAGAAAUACAAAAACUUGUUAAUGAAGUUAUCGAGAAUCAAUUAAAAAAACUUGAACUUAAACUUCAACAGUUUGAAGAAUUAGAAAGUGUUAUCGAGAAUGAAAAAAAGGAAUUAGAAAAACAACGUCAACUGUUUUAUCUUGAACCAAUAAUAGUUGAUUCGACUCUGGGCCCAAAAUAUGAUUCAAUAAAAAAAUUAGGAGACGAGAUUGACUUUAGAAAAAGGAAAAGUUGGAAUGAUCACAGUACACUAUAA